ACGAUUUAACGAGAGCGUCAUGUUGCCAUGGCGAUGACAACAUCCGCAGUAAUGGAUGCCUCCUAAACAGGAGACAAAUAGAUUUUUCCAAAAUGACAAAGUGAAGUCAGAGUAUGAUGUGUGGACUUUUACAAACAAAUCAAAUGUGAAGUGAGCUAACAACAAACCGAGAAUGUCACGAGCCGCUGUAUCCAAAUCAAGGGCUGAUAAAGGGAAGCCACCAGCAGCACAAACACCUGUCAUCACCCAUGAAAUAGUUCCUGGGAAGUUCAAUGACCAUGACUGGAAUAUCAUGCUGGACAAGGAUGGAACUGAGGAUUUUAUCCUGGACCUUGUGGACGAGGUUGUUGACAGUACAAUGGACACAAUCUACAAGACAUACAUUGAUAAACAACUUCUCCCAUUCACAAUAUCUCAGGCCAAAGAUGCCAUUCUACAAAUAAUUGAUUGGCAGUUCCUGGACCGAGAUGGAGGGGAGGUGAACACAGAGGGGGAUCCCACCUGGCUCCAGGAUGAAGAGCCUGACCCUGCGACAACAGACUGCUGGGCUCAGGGCUCUGUGCCGCGGACCUACCUGCCCCCUCCCACCCCCGUCAUAGUGGAGGAAACACAGGAGCAGCUAGAGGAGGAACAUGUACAGACAGAUCUGGAAGAAGCCAAAGUCCUGAUUGUUGACCCAGAUGAGGAUCCUGAGUUGCCUGAUAAAGUGUCGGAGCCAGAUGAGGACCGAGUUGAUGAAAAGACUGAGACUGAGGCUGGAACUGUUGAGAAGGAUGAGACAGUAGAAAAGAAGAAGAAGUUUAAGUUUAAGCGGUACCGAGGUCCGAUAAAGUCUGCGGGAGUGAGCAAAAUAACCGAGUCUCUGGAGGAUACAGAGAUGAAACUGUUCAUGGAUGAGAUAGCCGGCUCCCUACCAUCAGAAGACCGCACCAGCGGAAUGCUAAUGCCGGCCUCAUGUCACUCAAUUCUCCGUAGUAAUACUGACGCCACAUCCGCGCAGGUUCAAGCAGGUCGUCCACCUGGCAACAAGGACGUGGUGUAUGAUGACAUGGGUAAUGUCAUUGCAGUUGUCAAGCUAGACCCGGAGAAACUGCCAAAUCAUAGAGUAAGGGUCAAGUACCAGGUGGUAGACCCUGCUAUCGAGGCGGCCCAGGCCCGACUGGAAGCCAUGCGACACGGUAAAUAUGUGGGGGCCCCACAAGUACCCACCAUCAGAAGAAUCAAGUCAAGAGUCAAAGGCAACUCCGACACAGCAUCCGUCUCCAAAUCGUCCAGUAAGACAUCCCAACAGCCCACCAUUGCUCCACUGCCUCCUCCACUGAUUGAGGCGAUGGAGGUUGCGGCUGGUGUAACAGUCAAGGAAGGUGGGCGGGUCAAGAAGGGACCAAACAGAUAUGUCCGGAAAUCAGAUGUCCUGGAAGAACAUCAGAAAACACUCCGCCCAGUUGCGUCAAGAAUCCCAGCACAAGCUCUAGAUGUAGCCGAUCUGCUUGAUCGGACCACGCCCAUCCUCCGCCCUAUUGGAGAGUCACCCCCACUGCCUCCUAUUAUCCCCCACCCCCCUACACAGUCACGGAUAACAACAUAAUGUCAUUUACAAUGCUAAAAUGAUCAAUUGUACAUAUUUUAAAUUUGGAUGCCAUGUAAUUUUCAACUGUGAUAAUUUCGAAAUUCAUAUCUGUACAUAUUUUUAUUGUAGAUGAAAAUACAUGUAUACACUAAAGUAGACUAAAUAUUGGAAUAUUUUGAUAGUAGAAUAAUGUUCUAUUUAUCUUAUCAUUUGAAUGGUAAGGAUGAGGACUCCUACAUUAUUUUCGUCUUCUAUACUCUGCCUCUAAAUCUUUAAAGUUAAUAUUUGAAUACAAUUGAUACUUGAACAUUAUUAUUUGAACUUUUUAGACUGAACACUGUGUUUAUUGCUCAUCACUAUUUCUUACACAGAAAAUAGGAAAGAAAUUCUGUUGUUUUGAACAUGAUUUGUAGAACCGUGGGAAUAUGUUUCUGGGGAUGGGGUAUGGAUAGGAGUUAUGCUGGAAAUGUAUAUUUAUCUGUGUGUAAAGGUAUUAAACUGUUUUCUUCAUAAAAAA